GCUAAAUGUGGACACUAAUCUGGCAAGAAUAGCAUUUUAAUUUUCAGUUGUUCAUGUCUUGCCCCGGCGUCACAUCGCUGCAUCCCGCGCCCCGUCACCCACUCGCACUCCGAGGAACUUUAACCCCAUUCCUAUCACCUCCCUAGUUCGUGCCUCGAAGAAUGGGCUUGAUGCUUUCACUCGUGAUAUCAUACGCGGGAAUAAACGAAGCGAUAGAAUGCUUAAAGCACAUAAUUAGAGGUGUCGUGCCCGACGGCGAACCAGACUUUGAAGCACUAGUUGAAUACUACACGAGGCUACUCAAUAAAUCAUCAAACCCAUCGUCCCCCGGAGAAUGGAUAAAGGAAUGUGGCCAAGGAUAUCUCGUCUUGACGGAAGAUAAAAAUGGAUCACUCAAGUCUGCAGCUGUCAAAUAUUAUGGACAAACACGGUCGGCCGCCAUCUUGUUCUCGACCAAAAUCUCUAGUUUCGGUCAAGAAUCUGUCGACGAGAGUUCACAAGCCAACGGUGACUAUGGAGCGGACCUUUAUGUACCGACGAAAACUAAAACAAUUAUAUCAAAUACUUCCGAGUCGAUUAGUAUAGGAGGAAGGAGUAGAAUAACUACUCCUCAAAAUACCAUAAAUUCUAAAAAUUCUGAGAAUUCAUUUGAUAAUGAAGAAGAAUUAAAUGCAGCUAUUGAGAACAAAGCUAAAAUGUCAUGGCAUUACAAACCCCAAAGUCCGACUCGCAAGCCAUUACCAGAAAUACAUUUCCAGUCAUACGACGCCGACAGGGACAGCACCGCUUACAGCGAAGAUUUUUUAAGAUCACUUGACGGGAUUAAGUUUCGCCCUUUACAACGAAACGACCCGAGCGGGCGUCGCAGAAGUUUUAGGAAACGACAUUCGUCUUCAUCAAAUUCAUCGAGAGAUUCAAAAGCAUCGCGAGACGAAGAAUUAAAAAUGUUUACUUCACUUGAGGAGGAAGAAUUUAGAAAAAUGAAUGAAAACGAAAACAUCGGAAGAUUCGGAAGCACGCCUAAUUUAUCGGCACGUUCUUAUUCCAGAAGUCGAUCGAGAGAGAGAAGAAACGAUAGAUGGAGCACGGAAGGGUCGGUGAUUAGCACGCCCGAGGCAGAAGAGGUCAGAUCUAGACUGAAAGAGGUGCCGAAGUUAGACUCGUUCGUGGAAGAAAAAGACGAUAACAAAGACACAAACGAGGUAACCGAGGAGAGGGAAGAAGAUGUUGAUUUCUGGGCUAACUUCGGAGAUUAACGCUUGCAGUUGCCGCCGCACGCAUUGCACCAGCUUCGAUACGAGCAUGACUGACAAUGUUGAAUAUAAAGUGUUGAGACCCUUC